UGAUCAUCCAUUUUUAGAUUGUGAAAAUACAUAAAUAUAAUAAAAAAAAGGUGAAAAAAAAUUAAAUAAACAAGUUAGGUGUAUAUCCACUCAUAUUUGUCUGAUGUCGCUAUAACAAUUUUAUUUUACUGAUUUAAACGGAUUCUAUUUAAAAUAACAAGGAGAUCUAUAAUUUUUACUAAACAUAAUAUUAUGCUGUUGGAUAUUUUUUCAGUUGCUAACUUUUUUCCCGAAUUGGUUUAGUGCUUGGCCAUAAUUUUAAUUCGCUUGGUUAUUCUGGACCUUUUUUAUUUCAUUUUUUUGUAUUUAGUCUGAUUCUACACUUCUAAAAUUAUUUUAAAUAUUUAUGGUUUUCUAAAGUUUAACCAUGGCUUCCACCGUCAAACCUGUCCCUUCUGAGAACUUAAUGAUGAUGCCCAUGAGGGACACGCAGGUAUUUUCCUCCGCUAGUCUGUACGUGGGAGACUUGAAGCCUGACGUCACUGAGGCGGUUUUAUACGAGGUCUUUAACACUGUGGGACCUGUGGCCUCGAUAAGGGUUUGCAGGGACUCCGUUACCCGCAAGUCCCUGGGCUACGCCUACGUGAACUAUUACAGUACUCAGGACGCACAGGAAGCUUUGGAGAAUUUGAACUACAUUGAGAUUAAGGGUCACCCGACGAGGAUCAUGUGGAGUAACAGGGACCCGUCACUACGUCGUUCAGGAGCUGGGAACAUAUUUGUCAAGAACCUGGACAAGAGCAUAGACACGAAGAGUCUUUAUGACACAUUUUCACAUUUUGGACCAAUUCUAAGCUGUAAAGUUGCUGUUGACGCCUCCGGAGCUUCGAAACGUUACGGCUUUGUACACUAUGAAAACGAAGAAAGCGCUCGCGAAGCCAUAGAGAAGGUAAACGGGAUGCUAAUAGGAGGGAAAAGGGUUGAGGUAGCCCCGUUCCUACGUAAGCAAGACCGUGAGUCUGAGGAAGUAUUCACGAAUUUAUACGUUAGGAACUUCCCUGCAGACUGGGACGAAGAAGCUCUACGGCAAUUCCUUGAAAAGUAUGGAGAAAUCACUAGCAUGAUGCUGAAGGAAGACUCUAAGGGCAGGAGGUUUGCAUUUGUUAACUACAAGGAGCCGGAAGUAGCAAAGGAAGUAGUUAACACUUUGAACGAUUUGAAGCUUGAAGAGUCUUCUGAGCCGUUGCUGGUAUGCCCUCACCAGGACAAGGCAAAGCGUCAGAAUUUACUCCGCGCCCAGUUCAACAACUCCACAAUGGCUCAGGAGGACAAGCGCGUUACAAGUAACUUGUACAUCAAGAACCUGGAUGACUCAUUUGACGACGAGUCACUAGGUGAGCUUUUUAAGCCAUUUGGAACAAUUACCAGCAGUAAAGUAAUGCUAGACGCUAAUAACCAUUCACGUGGAUUUGGGUUUGUAUGCUUUACUAAUCCUCAGGAAGCCACAAAGGCAAUAGCAGCUAUGCACCUGAAACUGGUCAAGGGGAAACCUUUGUAUGUAGGAUUAGCUGAGAAGAGGGACCAGAGGAUGAUGAGGAUGCAACAGCGUAGAGGAUUCGAACCUCAUUCGCGGGAUGUGCUCUUCAACGAGCUACCUUCGCAGUCGCUCUAUUAUCCGAGACCGUUCCCAGCGCCAACAUUCCCCAACAGCGUACCAGGACCAAACAAGAAGUUCCCACCAAACUUUACCACGAAUAACCCCCAGGCCAACAACUAUCCACCAAACUACAACGCUAACUUCCCACCAGUCAACUCAUACGCUAACUACUCAGUGCGGAACGUGGCCAAGGCACCGGCAGCUAACGCUCGAAACAUGUCACCGAUGAGCAGUGCUAACAUUCCAAGUAACAUUCCACAUUAUCCGUCAGUAGUGCCCCCGAGCAUGGCACACGUGGUGGCCUCAGGGAACAUGGGAGUGCACGGUAACUUGCCUCACCAUGUAGUACCCCCAAACAUGCCACACGUGCUUCCGGGGAAUAUGGGAGUCCCAAGUAACAUGGUGCCAGGCGCCGUAGGACUAAGGAGGGAUAGCAGUAACCCGAAGACACACCAACACCAGAUGCCUGUAAGCGCGUUCAAGUUCACACCUCAGGCAAGGAACAGGGAAAUGCCAAUGCAUCCGCAGUACGUCGUGAAUGGAAACGUUCAGGUGGACGACGUUGCCAUGCAGAAACAGAUGAUUGGAGAGAGACUGUUCCCAAUUAUCGCCAGGGACAACCCUGACCUCGCUGGCAAGAUCACCGGGAUGAUGCUGGAAAUUGAUAAUCACGAACUGCUCCAGCUCCUCGAGGACAACGACCAGCUCAAGGCUAAGAUCGACGAGGCUAUCAAAGUACUCAAGCAGGCCAGCUAAACCUUACGUGUAAAUUAAAGUCUGUCAGAGUGGGACUCCUUCCAUUUCACACCUAGCUUUUUUCAAGUCUAUUCGACGUGUUUAAUUUUUUUCACAUCAAA